UAGUGUCACGCCCGAAAACGUGAACACUGAAACACGCUCUGACUCCCUCUUUUCAAAAGAUAGAUAGAUUUUCCCGGCUAUCCUCCAUUUCAAAUCCGCCGCUUCACUUCCGUUUCAAAUCCCAUAUUUAUAAUCGCUACUACUAGAUUCCCUGCCGGCCACUCGGAAACCUAGCCAUGCGAGAAAGAACGGGGGAUUAUUCCGACGAUUGCAGCGUCUCCGUCGUAGCGUUUACGUCUUGCCUUAGUCGCCGGAGGAGACGGAGACGUAACGGCGGCCGCAGAUGCCCGGGAGCCGCCGCUUAUCUGUCGCCGAGUUGGUUUUUUGCGCGGUGGCGGAAGAGUAAAGAUGAGAAGAAGGCUCCGGCCAAGGUAUUGGAUGGAAAGUCACCGUUGCCGUUACAGUUGGUGGAUUCAGGUGGUCAAAAGGAGGCCUCAUUCAACCUAGGCAUCGGAUUAGGUCUAAUGUAUGCCAUUGCAGGUUGCAGAAAUGAACUCAACAAGAUUGCAGACUUACGUUUGCAAUUCGAAACCUUAAUUCAAACUUACAAAGCACAAAAUCAGCAGCUCUCAACUCCAUCCGAUGUUUCAUCCCUCAACAACCUGUCCCGUUUCUUCAACUCCGACCGCCACGAAAAUUUUAAGGACAACGGCGAUUGUUGUGGCCGACACAUGAAAUGCAAUAAGAAGAUGAGUAGAAGGAGAAAUGUGGGAAGUUCAGAGAUGAUGGAUGAGCUUGAAGCUGAACUUGUAGCAGAGUUGGGUAGGUUGCAGCUUGAUUUGGAUUCUGAUGUUACGUCCCAGCACUCAACACGAUAUAAUGAGGUUAUUAUUGUUGAGGAAAACGAAGGAAGGCAGAAUGGAAGCUUUGGAGGAGUUGAAGAUGUUGAAAUUGAGACAACAUACGAAGAGUAUUAUGAGAAGGCAGUUUCUCCAUACGAACUAGAAAUAAGGUUGCAUGAGGUGUUGGAGGAGAGGCAACAAGAAAGGAUUGAAGAGCUGGAAUCAGCUUUAGAAUCCGCCAUGGAAAAGCUUCAGCAGAAAGACGAAGAGCUUUCGUGGUGGAAAGACACCGCCAAUCUCAUUUCCCAACACGUUCCCAACUUCUUGAGGCGUAGCGCUACAACAAAGUAGGCUUUGUAUUCUGAAUUGAACUUACAUCAUAUGUGAUAUGAUGGUACACUCACAAUUUUUUUUUUUUUGGGUAAUAUGAUUUUUGGUGUUACAUUGGAUAAUUAUAUUAAAUUUGAUUAAUUCAAAAUUAGCUCUAGCUGUCUAAGU